UAAGCAUGACUUUGCACUUUUUGAAUCUUAUCGGCUGAAUAGGAGGAGUGUCCUGUGUAAAUGCGGAACAAUUUCACAAACUCCACCAAAAACCAAAUCACUGUUUCAGUUUUUUCUUAUCUGCAGACACUGACGAAAACCUCCUAAAAUGUCCAAGAAAGUAGCUGUAGUUACAGGGGCAAACAAAGGCAUCGGUCUGGCCAUUGUGAAAGGGCUUUGUAAAGCAGGCUUUACGGGAGAUAUUCUCCUCACUGCCCGCAAUGAGAAACUGGGACAAGAGGCUGUUUCUGCACUGCAGUCUGAAGGGUGCAAACAAGUUAUUUUCCAUCAACUUGAUAUCUGUGACCAGGGAAGCAGUUUAAAACUCCGCAAAUUUCUGGAGGAGACCUACGGCGGCCUGGAUGUUCUUGUCAACAACGCGGGGAUGGCUUUCAAGAAUUCAGCAACAGAACCCUUUGGAGAACAGGCUGAGGUGACCAUGCGCACAAACUUCUGGGGAACCCUGUGGGUGUGCCAUGCUCUCCUGCCAAUCCUCCGACCCAAUGCCCGGGUGGCCAACGUGUCCAGCUUUGUUAGCAAGAGGUCUCUUGAUCAGUGCAGCCCUGAACUGCAGGCAAAAUUCAGAAAUCCAGAGAUUUCAGAGGAGGAGUUGUGUCUGUUGAUGGGGGAGUUUGUUUGUGCUGCACAGAAAGGAGAUCAUACAGCUCAGGGCUGGCCAAACACUGCCUAUGGUACAACCAAGCUUGGUGUGACUGUGCUCUCAAGGAUCCAGGCCCGAGUUCUUACCGAGACAAGGCCAGGAGAUGGUAUCCUCCUUAAUGCCUGUUGUCCGGGAUGGGUGCAGACAGACAUGGCUGGAUCAAACGCUACCAAGACCCCAGAGGAGGGAGCAGAGACUCCUGUCUAUUUGGCCAUGCUGCCCGCUGGGGCCAAGGAGCCACAUGGACAGUUAGUGUGGGACAAAACUGUACAGAAAUGGUAACAUGAAGAGUCGAAUGAUCGAUUCAUUCCAUCUGAAAACAUCAUGAUUCCAUUUAUUGUUGUAUGAGUAUUUGAUUUAUAAGAACAUUGAAUAAAACUCUGUAACCUUUGCCAUA